AUGACGGAAGUGAUCGAGAUGCUUAUGAUCAUCCUGAUCGUGACGCUCUGCUUCCUGAUGAUCCCGUUCAGCAGGAAACCGAGUGAGGUGCUCGAGGCGCGCCGCAAGUUCGACAUCUUUGUGCGGCUGUACGAGAAGCCUUAUCGGUACGAUGUGCGCGAGUACGACUACCGCUUCCAGAUAUUCCGGACGUCGCUCGGCAAGAUUCGGCUGCUGAACGAGCGGGCCCAGCUGGUGAACGACAGCGCUCUCUACGGCGUCACGCAGUAUGCGGACCUGUCCGAUCGGGAGUUUAUUGGGCAGCAUCUGGCCGACCUGCUGCGAGAGGGGGAGCCCGGAGCUGGCGGAACCACCCGGAGCUACCAGAAGUACGUGAUCGAUUCGCGCAGCGCCGAGAUGAAGAACGACAUUAUCUUCUCGCGAGCGAAGCGCGAUCUCAAGCUGCCCUCCAACCUGCCACUCACCGUCGAUUGGCGCAAUCAGGGAGUCAUCACACCGGUCAAGAACCAGGGAAGCUGCGGCGCUUGCUGGGCAAUCAGCGUAGUGGACACGAUCGCGGCCCUGGCGGCCAUCAAACGGACCGACCGCAAGCUGACCGACCUCUGUCACGAGCGGGUGGUGGAGUGUGCGGCCAACGGAAAUGCCGGAUGUGACGGUGGCGACACCUGCCGGUUGCUGCAGUGGCUCGCGGAUGAAAACUUCCGGAUAGGAUCGGCCGAAAUGUGCCCCGAGCGGAACAUGGCCACCGUCCCAUCUACCAGCAACUGUACGUCCACUCCUCCGCCGGCGUUUGCUGCGGGUACGAAUCCUUCCCACGUGAAACAGUUCACCUGUCAACGGUACGAAAACGAGGAGCAUCUGAUGUUACAUCACCUGGCCACUAAGGGUCCGAUCGUGGCUGCUGUCAAUGCGAUUUCGUGGAAGUACUACCUAGGGGGUGUGAUCCAGUACCACUGCGAGUCCGGUUACGAGCUGCUGAACCACGCGGUGGCCAUCGUGGGCUACGAGCUGAACGCCACUGUUCCGCACUACAUCGUAAAGAACUCUUGGGGAGCUCGGUUUGGUGAUCAUGGCUAUGUGAAGAUCGCCAUCGGGAAAAACCUUUGUGGCAUUGCGAAUCGUGUGUCGUUCAUUGAACUGGCUUGA